AUGGCGCCAGACAAGGCAGCGCCGAAGCGCAACAGCAGAGCCUGGAGUGUGCUCAAGCCCGGACUUGAUCAAUGGAUCCUCGACGCCAUGGCUACAAUGGGCUACGCGCAGAUGACCCCCGUCCAGGCUGCGACCAUUCCUCACUUUCUGGGGAACAAGGAUGUCGUCGUAGAGGCUGUCACCGGUAGCGGCAAGACCCUCACCUUCCUCCUACCCAUCAUCCAGAAGAUCCUGCGUGCCGAGGAGCCCACGAAACGACAUCAUGUCUCCGCCAUCAUCGUCUCCCCGACCCGUGAGCUGGCCGCCCAGAUCCACACCGUCCUCCUGUCGCUGCUCCAGUUCCACAGCGACACGGCCGAACACGCCCUGCCCUACCUCGACGACGAAGAGAAGCGACCGGACACGACGAGGCCCGUCGUCGUCCCGCAGCUGCUCGUUGGCGGCACCACGACCGUCGCCCAGGACCUGAGCUGCUUCCUCCGAACCAGUCCCAACAUCCUGUUCGGCUCGCCCGGCCGGUUAGUCGAGCUCCUGACCUCGCCCCACGUACACUGCCCGCAGCUGGCGUUCCAGUCGCUGGUGCUCGACGAGGCGGACCGGUUGCUGGAUCUGGGCUUCAAGAACGAUCUGCAGCGCAUCCUGAGCUGUCUCCCGAAACAGCGCCGGACGGGCCUCUUUAGCGCCAGCGUGAGCGAGGCGGUCGGUGAGAUUAUCAGGGUCGGUCUGCGCAACCCCGUCAAGAUCGAGGUCAAGGUCAAGAUGAAGGACGGCGCCAUUGUCGAGGAUCGACGGACGCCCGCUAGUCUGCAGAUGCGGUACCUGGUCAAGCCCGCGAGUCAGAAGCUGCCCGCCCUGGCCCAGCUGCUCGAGAAAUUACCCGUCACGCCCCAGAGGAGCAUCGUGUUCCUGUCGACGUGCGCGGCCGUCGACUACUUCCAGCACAUGCUCCCCGAGAUCCUGCCCAAGGGCUUCGGCCUCGUGCCCCUGCACGGCAAGCACCCGGCCAAGGUGCGCGAGAAGAACUUUAACAGGUUCCUCAUGUCGGUCGCGCCGACGAUCCUGCUCACCACCGAUCUGGCGGCGCGUGGGCUGGACAUUCCACAGGUCGACCUCGUCGUCCAGAUCGACGCACCCUCCGACCCCAAGGUCUUCAUCCACCGCAGCGGGCGCGCCGGACGCGCAGGCCGCAAAGGUCUCGCGGUCGUCAUGCUCCACCCCGGCCCCGAAGAAGACUACGUUCGGUUCCUCGAAAUACGAAAGACACCUAUCCAACCACUGGUCAAGCCCGAGAUCAAGACCUCGCAGGAGGAUGCCGAUGAGGCUUCACGCAGGAUACGGCAGGUGGCACGGACAGACCGCGCAAUUUACGACAAGGCGCAGCGCGGCUUCGUCAGCUGGGCGCGCAGCUACGGCGCGCACCAGGCGACCUCCAUCUUCAAGUCGGCCGAUCUCGACUGGGAGGACGUCGCGCACGGCUGGGGUCUGCUGCGGAUGCCCAAGAUGCCCGAGCUCAAGACGUGGAAGGGCGACAAGACGCUCGGGCAGGACAUGGACUGGGACACGUUUGCAUACCGGGAGCGGGCGCGCGAGAAGGCGCGGCAGGAGGCGCUGGCCGCCGGUCCGGACGUGCACGCCGCGGCCAAGGCCGAGGAGAUUGCCAAGAGGAAGCGCAAGAACACGGAGGCGUGGAGCGACAAGCACGAAAAGGAGGACGUGCGCGCCGAGCGGCGCGAGAAGAGGCGCAAGAAGCGCGAGGCGGAGCGGACGAGCCACCUGACAGAGGAGGAGAAGGCCAAGGAGGCCAAGCUCCAGGAUCUGAUCCAGCAGGUCCGGCAGCGGAAUCAAGCCAAGGAGGCGGCCAAGGAGGCCGAGUUUGGGGGGUUUAGCGAUUGA